CUCCUCGAUGUUGCCGAAUUUGAUCUGAUAGCGAUGGACGUCAAACGAGGUCAUCGAAGGGUAAAUAUAAAACAUCUUAUCGUUGCUCGAGAGAUCGCUACGAUAAAGGGAGUUCCUCCAAAUAUGCCGUUACACAUUCAACAUGGGACGGGGUUAGAAGACUCAAGUGCACUCGCGGAUCAUAAUGUUUCACAAAAAAUUCCUUACGUUAAUGGAACUUUAAAUUCAAAUGGAGCGACCGUAGGAUCCUCUCAACUAAGGAGCAGGUCAACAAGGGACGAUGAUCCUCCGGACCCACCAGAUUCCACGGAAAACGGAAUUUCCAAACGUAAAUAUAAACGUCAUCCAAAAAGGGACAAGAACGCUCCCGUGAAACCACUCUCCGCAUAUGUCAUGUUCGCUCAUAAAGUUCGCGAAGAAUACACUGGACAGAAUAUUUCGUUUCCCGAUAUGGCAAAGAUCGUCGGUGAUCGUUGGAAAACAGUCAGCCCCGAGAUUAAAGAGGCGAUCGAGAAUGAAGCCGCUAAAGCAAAAGAGGAAUACCAAGCUGCCAUGGCAGUGUAUAAGACAACUGAUUCUUGGAAGAAAUACCAAGAAUACUUGAAAGAAUUUAAAGAAAAAUAUGAUUUAAACCCUCGAGAUUCAAGUAAAUCACGUAAGAGACAGAAAAUUGAACCUUCGCCAGAUUCACCUUCAGGUUAUUCUAGUACACGGUCAACCUCCGUCGGAUACGAGAACGGUAGCGGAAAUAUUAGCAGUGGAAGCAGCAAUGGAAACGGAAAUGGACAUAAUAGCAAACAUCAAUUUCUUCCAAUUUCAUAUUCUAAUCAUGGAUAUCAACAACAAAAAAAUCAUCCUCAUUCAAAUUAUCCCCCCCAUACCAACAGCUACAUUCCCCCAUAUUCACAUUAUAACCCACCAAUGCCACCUUAUGGAUAUACGAACAAUAGUAUCGGACAAAAUGCUGCCAGUAGCACGUUUGUAACCCCACCAUCAAGUAAUAGUAACGAUACCCCGUCAACCACAUUGGCAGACUUGUAUGCCAAAGAUGAUAGUAAUGCCAGUGACGAACAAUCUCAACGAGGAAACGUUAGUGGCAGCGGAAAUGGAAGUAGCAAUGGAAGUAGCAUCGGCGGAGGUAGUAAUAGUAGUACCGGACGUCAAGUUUUCGAGGAUUCCGACAACUCAAUUUCAAGUUCAAAUACUACUCCUGCUGCUUUUGUGGAAACUGAAGAGAACCAAAAUAAUCAACUAGCACAAAAAAAAACGAGAUCUCAAAACUCGGAUUGCUAA